UCACUAUGAGACCUUAGUUAAUAUUAUGUACUGAUUAUAGGUUAAGAAUAAUGAGUGUCUUGCAGAGGAGAUUAAACUAGCUGACGGAGAGAAACAAGAACUGAGGACUUUACUUGAUUACAAAGAAGGAUCAAUAUUUGAACAAGAUAAACAACUGAAUAUCAUCAAAAAAAGAAAAGAGUAUAUCAAAAGGACACUACAGACACCAGAGUCAAAAUCGAAAGUGAAGCUACUGACUAGAGGGAAGUUGGUAAAUAAAAUAUUCAAAUCAAAGAAAUCAGAAACUCAGUAUUUCCGAACCUUUCUCCUAAUGAAAGCAGGAAGAGAGGAGGCAUUAGUGGAGUAUAAGAAAGAGAUUGAGUUACUACAAGAAAAUGUAUCAGUAACUAGUGUACAACUGCUGAUGAGUCAGAAGGCAAAUACUCACAAGAAGGAUCAGUGUACACAAUCACUGGUUGUGGAUAUACCAACAGCAAAAUCUGUAUACACAGCACGUUACGACUAUCAUCCAAGAUGGAGUGACGAAAUAUCAUUCAGUAAGGGAGAGCAGCUAGAGAUAUUUGACAAUAAAGGUGACAUCACUCAGUGGAGAGGAAGAUCCUUGGUGUCUGGUGAUGAGGGACUCAUUCCUAGUAAUUAUGUUUACUCAUUGUUGGAGUCACUUCAAUUGUUAGAGUUUAUACUGUCAGUGAAAGAAGUGUCUCUUCCUGUUCUACAGAAGAUAAGAAAUGAUUCAUCUAGUAAUGAUGAGAAAGCUUCUCUUUUCUUGGAGACUAUUAAUGAUGAUCCUAUUAUGAUAUCUGCACUGAGACAAGACAAGCAUGAAG